AUGAGCGGCAGCACUGGAGGUACCGUGACGAUGACCGCUACUCAUCUUGAUGGAGCACCGGUUCCUCCUCCACCAAUCACCCAAAAGCUGUUCAUCGAAUUGCACCCUACUGUCAUUGAUAAAGACAACUCCAUCCACUCCGAGCAUGGUGUCAUCCACUACCCAUUCUGGUUCGGAGGGUUGGCCAGCUGCGUCUCAAAUGUUUGCACUCAGCCUCUGGGAGUCGCGGGUGUAAGACCGUCCUCAUGUCGCUUCGCAAACCUGACGCUGACACGAUUUUUGAGCGCCUCGCUCACGCGAACUUUCUUCUACUCUGGUGUUCGUUUCGGCAUGUACGAGAAACUCAAGGAGCUGGGGAGCACGUCCACUCACGCACCCUCGGGCCUUGCUCUUGCUCUCAUGGCUGCGUCCUCAGGUUUCACCGGAAGUGUGUGCAGCAACUUUGCCGACGUUGUCUGUCUCCGCAUGCAGGCCGAUCCUGGCCUAUCACCUGAAUUACGCCGCAACUACAAGAAUAUCGCCGACGGUGUACAAAAGAUGGUGCGUGCCGAAGGUUGGAACAGCAUCUGGACGGGUGUAUGGCUUGGUGCAGGCAGAUCAGCUAUCGCCACAGCAACACAACUGGCUGGCUACGAUGUCAUCAAGCGCGAAUUAAUGAAGCGAACCCCCCUGGGUGACAAGGUCCCUACACACAUCACCGCCAGUUGUUUGGCAGGCUUCUUGUCCACCUUCAUAUGCAGCCCUCUUGACGUCUUCAAGGCCCGCUUCAUGACUCGCAAAUCUUCAGCUCACAGUAUGGCCGUCAUGCUUGAGCGUACCAUCAAGAAUGAAGGCGCUGCUUGGAUGUUCAAAGGCUUGACACCUGCUUUGAUCAGCAGAGCGCCUUCCACUAUCAUCACCUUUGUCACUCUUGAGCAGUUGAGAAAGGUUUACCGUCACAUGCAUGGUCUGCAGGAGUAG